AUGUUACUCUCUUUCGAUUCAGAAGUUGAGUCUCCUAGUCCAACAUUACAUAAUUCCUUCAGGUCGUUCAAGAGAAAUGGGAUGAUCGAACUAGAGGAACGUAACAAAGAACAUGAGUUAAUUAAGGCGGGCUUUCUUAGUGGAAUGGGGCAUUUAGGAAAGGAAGUUGAAAUUGUGGGUAUACAUAAGAAUUCAUGUUCAACUAUAUUGGGGCAAGCGAGGUUAGAAAGUUUUCAUAUUUAUUCCGAAGCAAUGCGGAAGAAAUGUGGUGGAAAUGCUAAUAUUAAAUAUGCUUGGUUUGGUUCUUCCAAAGAUGAAAUUUGUAAUAUUAUUUCACAUGGAUUUUCUACAAUUACUGAACCAAAAUCUGGAGGAUGUUUUGGUAUUGGUGUUCAUCUUUAUCCUGCAAAUAUCCACGGGUAA